AUGGCGACCAUAUCGAGCUCGCGAACACAAGUGCGACGGCUAGAGUCUCAGCUUGCAGAGCUGCUCUCGGAGUACUCCUCUUUUGCCACCUCUCACGCCAUAGCAGCCUCCGAAGACGAGGUACGGAUUGGACGGGAUAUCGAGCAGGUAAUUGAGAAGACCGCCGACUCCCUGGAGUCGUUCGAACGUCUGCUGGAUUCCACCCCUAACGCCACAGCAACACAAACAGGCCAGUUGCAACGCCACAGAGAGACUCUCGCAGAGCACAGAUCGCAAUACAAGAAGAUCAACGCUGGAAUCAAGCAGGAACGAGACCGGGCCAACUUGCUGUCGUCGGUGCGGUCGGAUAUCGAGGGACACAGAAACCGAAGUGCUACUCCCCAGGCCGAGGAGGAGUACAUGUUACACGAGCGAGGCCGGGUGGACAACUCAAAUAACAUGACCGAUACUCUGCUUGCUCAAGCGUAUGCGACUCGAGAGGAGCUGCUGACCCAGCGGGCGAGUUUGGCCAACAUCCAGCGUCGGCUGUUUAACACGGCUAGCAGCAUUCCAGGCAUUAACACGGUCAUUUCCAAGAUUAACACCCGGAAGAAGCGAGACAGUUUGAUUCUGGCGGUUAUUAUCACCCUGGGUAUUUUGUUCAUUCUCUUCCUGAGAUAG